CAUGGGCGUGCAUUAAAGCCUAUAAAUUCUGGACAGCGAUCCCUGCUUGAGCGACUCAUUCUUUCCCGUCGCCUUUGCUGCUCGAAGCAUCGACACUCGGGGACCACCACCACCACCGCCACCGCCACCACCACGAACCUACAAUAACCAUGUCGGCAUCGCCAACGCAGUUUCCUCCGCUCGACUCGUUGGUCCCGUCGUUGACCUUUCAGCAGCUCCAGGCCAACGCCAUCAACGCCUGUGUCUUUGGCGGCCUGACAGGGUCGUCCCUCAUCGUGGCCUAUCUGUCGUUCUGGGUCGCAAAGGAGCGCCGUUGGAAGCCUAUCUACACUCUCAACUUGGUGCAGAGCCUUCUCUACAUCAUCAAAAUCAUCACUGCUACCAGUUACAGCGUCUUUCUCGGGCUGAACUGCAGCCCGCGUGCGCCGCUGCUGUCAGCGUCGCUCAUGGGCUGCUGGUAUGUCGUCUACACGAUCCUGGCGAUUCGGCUGAUGCUCUUUACACAAUACAAGCGCUUCUGCCAAGCGGUAUUUGUGAUUGCCAUUGUGGUGCACUGUUCCCUGGUGACCAUCGGCACUGUCAACCGCACGUCCAAGAUCAAGACUUCCUAUCUCUGCGGCGACACCUAUCCUUCAUACUACAAGCAGCAGUACACCGUUGAGCUUCUCUUGGAGCUCUUCACAGCCACGAUGCUCAUCAUUGGCCUCAUCAGCAGAGCCAAGGGUGUCUUUGCCGGCACCCAAGAGAUCUUUCGUCAACUGCGAAACAACGAGCAGCUCCGUAUCUUUUACGUCGUCAUCUUCAUCGUGAUCAAGAUGGCGAUCACUUGGUGGCCUGGCAUCGGCCUCGUCUUUGAUACAACGGCGCUGACCCAUGGCAUCGACACGGCUCGAUCGGCCUUGGUGUACUGGGCACUUGCCCGGGAACAGAGCCAGGUCUCCAAGACCAUCAAAACCAACUUUGUCCGCAACAUCAAAAACGUAUCCAAUGCUCCGGCAAAUGCACAGAAUGUCAGUGCCCACGGCAGUCAGGCUGCCCCUGGCUCCAAGUCCGAAGGACGCGGCCUUGACCUUGAGCUCGGCACGGCGCCGCUCAAGGGUGGUGACGACGAUAAGAUCCAGUCCAAGACCAAGAUUCAGCGAUCUGUUCUUCAGUCCAACGAUACCCUGGGUGGCAAGGAUUAAGUUCCUGUGCGGCCAAGGCUCUAGAGACCAUUUCCCAGACAUUUUGCACCCUCCUUCAGAUACGCUGCGCCCAUCAAAGCACCCCGCUCGUCUGAAAUACUCCCUGCAGCCCGCUCUUCCCUGCCACGGCUCACAACCGCUCCCACGGGAUUCUGCUUCAUUCUCCACUUUUCCUGGU